CCUGCCUUGGGCAACAGAACACUCCGCGCAACGUGCACUGCACCUGAUCGCAGGCCAGAUGAUUCAGUUGCACACACGGAAGUGUACAGAGGAAUUGCCCAAAACAAAUGAGAGAAAUUAUAUAAAGGAAUCGCUGGGCCAUCCAGAAUCAUUGCAAGCCAAACAAUUGCAUUGACAGGACAACUCCCAACCCGCCACAAAAUGAAAUUCGCUCUGAUCCUCACAUUCCUCGCUGCCCUGGCCCUCGCGCUGGCCCUGCCCCAGGUGGGACAUGGCUCCAUCAAUGGACCCAGUGGUCGCUUUGCCAUGACCCGGGACUGGGCCUCGCCGCCAGUGGAUCUUCGGAAGCCCAUCGUUUUCCUGCGAGAAGCCACGCCCAUUCACGAAGAGCCCCAGGAGUCACGUUCCGUGCAGACACGACGACGCCCCAAAGCCUGAGUUCCCGAGUUCCUAUAGCCAUAUAGCCCUAUAGCCCUAUAGAAUGUGUUGCUAGAAUUAAUAAAUA